AUGGCGGAGGAGGAGCGGGAGGAAGAGGAGGAGGAGGGCCAAAGGCGGGUCCAGGCUGAGCAGGAGGAAGCACGCGGCCGAGCCCUCCGUGCAUUCGCAGCCCCCACCUGUGGGAUCAUCGCCCCCCAUGGCGCAGGGCUGAAUAUCCACACUGGGGAGAGGCCCUACGAGUGUGGGGAGUGUGGGAAGAGCUUCAGACAGAGCUCCUGUCUGAUCAAGCACCAGAGGAUCCACACUGGGGAGAGGCCCUACGAGUGUGGGGAGUGUGGGAAGAGCUUCAGACAUAGCUCCAGUCUGAUCAAGCACCAGAGGAUCCACACUGGGGAGAGGCCCUACGAGUGUGAUAAAUGCAGGAAGAGGUUUCAGACCAGCUCCAGUCUCCUCGUGCACUAUCAGACUCACACAGAGGAGAGGCCCUUCAGGUGCCUCGACUGCGGGAAGGGAUUCAAGCGCAACUCCCACCUCGUCAGGCACCGCCGCAUGCACACUGGGGAGAGGCCCUACGAGUGUGAUAAAUGCAGGAAGAGGUUUCAGACCAGCUCCCAUCUCCUCCGGCACUAUCGCAUUCACACAGAGGAGAGGCCCUUCAGGUGCCCCGACUGCGGGAAGGGAUUCAGGUACAACUCCAACCUCGUCACCCACCAGCGCAUCCACACUGGGGAGAGGCCCUACGAGUGUGGGGAGUGUGGGAAGAGCUUCUCCCGCAGCUCUCACUUGAUCCGACACCAACGGAGGCACCGGUGAGGGAAGCCCUGCGAGUGCCCCGAGUGCGGGAAGAGCUUUGUGCGCUGCUCCAGCUCCAUCCCCCACUGCAGGACCCACGCUGGGCACAGCCCUGCUGACCCACAUUCCCUGUGAUCCAUGAUGGGAGCACACCUGGCUGCUCCACUUUUUAGUUUGGCCUUAAUGUUUUUUUCUCUUCUCAAACUCUAUGUAGUCCAAAGCCAGGAGGUAUCGACCAGUUGCUUCAGAACACCUCAGUCCCACUGAAAACAAGGGAAUUGUUGAACAAAGGCUCAACGCCACCUGAGAUUGCUUGUUCCGAGCUCAAAAAGUCUAAAUCCAACUCCAAAGGGUGUCGACUCCACAGCAGAGAGGGCGAGAUGGGGUUCAAAGCAGAUUGGCAGAGGUGGGAUCCCAAUUUGGAGCGGUGGGAUGGGGAUUGCGUGGGGCUAGGGUUGUGAGAUGUAUUUGAUAGCAAAUAAAACUCUCAGACUUACUGCUUUCUCUCCCGUCCAUGCUCAGUCCCGUGCAGUUGUGUUUGCAGAGUGCCGCCUCCCAGAGUGUCCCCUCACAGUUGCCGCCCUUGGCCUGAGCCCGCCCCUUUCCCCUCACGGUUCCGCCCUUUCCUUGCCCCCUUUCCCCUCACGGUUCCGCCCUUUCCUUGCCCCCUUUCCCCUCACGGUUCCG